CGAAAAUAUUUGAUGGAUUAUAACAUGCGAUAUCAAGUCACUGACCUGAUAUGACCACGAUGGUCUCUAGCCUUAGCCGAGCUUGCGUGCGGUAAACACCAAAUCGUACCCUUUUUUUAGUACGCUUCGACAGCAUAUCAGAAUCGUCUGGCCUCGCCAUGGGUAUUUUGGCUCGAAAAUGUCUCGCCAAAAUACGAACCAUGGUUCUACCAAACUCGUCUGAUAUGCUGCCUUGUACUACCUCAGCGAACCAAAACGCUCCACUUAGGUAUAGGAAUUGUACUCACUCGGUCCAGCUGCUAUUUCUAAUCCAGACCUCGACUGAAUGCAGUACAAAGCCUUCUGUGAGCGCAAAGAGCAGAUUACAGCUCUUAUAAUUUCGAUUUACUUUCUUAACUGUCAUAUCGAAUCAGAUAAUCAAGUAAUGAGGAGAUCCUUAUUAAUUACUUCAGUUUCCGAUCAAGCAACAAAAACUCUAAUAUCUAAAUAUUGGAAUGGCAUGGCACGAUUGAGGUGACUGACAGCAGUUCUUAACAUUUUCUAGCACUUCUACUUUGAUGGAUCAAUACAACCAUUCUUUGCCAGCUUACGCUCAAUAAAACGAAGGCAUCAAACAAAUUUCUUAGAAAUGAGCGUAUGGAUAAUCUGUAAAGUAUCUCAAGAAUUACUUUUUUUUCCGCCGGCAGUAUUUCGAAGUCAGUUCAGUAUAGUGGUGUAAAUCUGACACCCUACCCCACCCCUACUCAAUAAACAAAACGAUACACGAAGUACAAAAAGACACGAAAUACACACAAAAACGAAAAGAAAUCACGGCGAAACAGAAAAUACAUUGAAAGACAUAAGCAUACCAGUGUAAAUAGCAAACGUAACUUAGAGCUCUAUUUUACUUUUCUUUGUACUCUGUAGAAUAUAACGCUACGUUUUGCAACCUAUCGUAACGAAUAUAUGUAACUACAUAUUUUUGUUCUUGUGCUCCAUUGUAUUGUAAGUAUUAUCUGUAAGUAUUGUAAAGGGAACCUAGAUAUUCAGUAAAUGGUUUGAACCCAGGAGUAUCAAUAGCCUGUAUAGUGUGAUCACUUACUGACACUUACUGACGAUCACACUAUACGAACUAACCUAGAUAUUGUUCAGUAAAAGAAUAAAAAUAGCAAACUACAACUAAAAAUAUUGGUCAGAUUCGAACCAGGACUCGUGAUACUGAAAGGUGAAUGCCGACACCAUUUUGUCAUGGGCGUUUGUGAUGUCAUGAUAGUCGUUCUAUGACCAGAGAUAAAUAUGAUCGAACUGAUCCCGCCUGUGCUCUUGCCAUCCGACGCAAUUUUAAACUUCACUGUUCGAUCAUCACUGGCGAGCGAGAAAAAAAAAAAAUGAAGAAAUUCUUAAAAAGGACCGACAUUGUGAAGACAGUGACAGUGCAAGCUCGGGGUUUCUUUCGACUGAUUGAAGCUUCUAAACAUACAAGUACUUGCGUAAAGAAAGUAAUUGAGACCAAUAAAACCUCAUAAAAACGUUUACAUAGAAGAGAUCCAUUUCAUAAACAGAUGUGCUGAUAAAAGAUACUGAAACAGGUAAAAGGUACUGAUAUGUUGAAGGCAUCUUCUGCACGUGUCUUAAAAUGACUGAGAAUUUCCUUUUGAAGAAAUUCUCUCCACCCGGCCGCCCUUAGUACGCCCAGCGGACCUGCCGUUAUGCUUGUUGACUGUUAUUGGAGCGAUUCACCAUUUCGUUGUGAUUCAUUUACUUUUGCACUGAAUUUACAUACGUCACACCUCAGUGACAGUAUAGGCAUUUAGCUUUGAAAUGAUUACAGAAAAAGAAAGAAACUUGCAAUGCUUCUAAACUGGAGUACCUGGCAACAAUUUGCCCUUCUCUAGAGUUUACCUGCAAGUUUGGAAGUUCUACACUAUGCAAUCUCUAAGUUGCGCCUAAAUAAAGUUACGUCAAUCGUUCUCAUUAUUUUGACUUUUGAAUUUUAAUUGACAGACGAAGGGUACUUCUAAAGGCAGAUUUCAAGCAUGUUAUAAAAUGGUAGUAAGGGAGGGCUGAAAGAGUAUGUAAAUUAUAAUUUAACUUUUUUCUUUAUGAGACAGACAUGACUCUUUCCUACCGUUUGUAGAAGCUUCUCUUAAAGGAGAGGUUUGUUUCGUGAAAUCAAUAUACAGUAAAGCCAGAUUUGUUUCACUUCGCUAAUCAAGCACGUUGCUUUGACUCUCUACUCGCAUAUUAACUAGUUUAAUUACAUCAGUACAUCACAAGACUUUGCGCGAUACAUAUCUCUAAUUAACUCCUACCUAAAGCAGUCUUAAAUCGAGUCUUGAAAGAAAACUCUGACAUGGAACAAGGGACCAUAAGAGAGCAAUUCCGUAACAUUGUUUGUUUUUUCAUCCUUGGAUACUGUGCGUUUUUCCUCGGCGAGGUGAUCAGCGCGGCGACUGUGGAUAUUUUCGCUGGAGAAUCUACCUGGUUGAGUGCAGCAGUCGUGACAUCAGGACUUGCGCACGUAGUCGUGAAACUAACCCUUCCUUGGGUUUACCAUAAACUGCCAUACUAUGUUAAAAUCGCGCUGCUGCUCUCCUUCUGUACCGCGGGACUGGUAAUCGUCGUUGUCCCCAAUUCGCAAGGUGCACGACUCUUAGGGAUGACUGUUUUCGAAUCUGGCAGGGCCAUGGCGGAAGUCGUAUUUCUUUCAGUGACAGCGUUCUAUGGUGACUUGGCACUCCACAGCUUUGUGACAGGAGGUGGUUUGGGUAUUGUAAUGGGUGCAUUUUAUUACUCAGAACCCGGCACUCAAUUGCACUUGUAUUUUUGUUUCGCAGCUCUUUUGACAUGGACGUGUUUUUCCCCAAGAGUCACAGUGUUUUUCCUCAUACCCGUUGUGUUUGUCCUUCCUCUCAUGUACGCAUUCUUGGACAAGUUCCCAGUGAAACGGCAAUCCAAAAACAUCUCUUUUGCGGGUGUCCAUUACCAUGCACUUCCCGACCAAGAAGAAAGGCAGAAAACGCACGAACUAAGCAUCAAUGAAAAGCUUUUGGUGUGGUGGAGCAUAUUCAUGGCCAUGGCUUACCUUUUCUUGCAGUUCUUUGCGGAUCAACUUUCAUUACAAGCUGUCAUUACAUCGCUUGUAUUCCCGAACAAGUCGCUUUACCUAAUUGGCCAUUACACUUAUUACAUGCUAGCCCAUAAUAUUGGUAGACUCCUUGGUCGUUCGUACCUCCUGAUAGUCUCAGUCACGUGCUCACGUGUAGCUAGUCACGUGCAAAUAAAACAUACUUGGAUCUUGGCUGCACUCGGCAACGCGCUUAUGUUUUGGUUUGUGUUUGCAUCAUGGUUUUACCUUAUUGGAGACAUAGAAGUUAUUCUGGUUUUGUGUUUCAUGAUCGGUGUUCUUAGCGGAAGCACCUACACCAAUUCACUGUCUGUUGUAGGCGAACAAAUCACAGAUGUUAAGGAGAGAGAGUUUGCACUGGGCGUGCUUACAUUGGGAUCAGCCGCUGGAAUGUACGCCGCUGGGCUCUUAGGAUUAUAUCUGAAGCCAUAUUUGGCUCAUCACUGUUUGAUUGAUCUUGAAUUAGGCGAAGCGUGCGUCUCGACGUUCUUAAACAUGUCUGGAUGGACAACCAAUGCUCGCUGCUGAUAUAACAAUACAGCGCUUAU